AUACAUAUAUUCUAGAUGAAGGGAAAUUAGCUAGUACGUACAAACCGAGUUUAUAUUUUAAGCUAUAUCUAUUUGUUUGUAAUGGGAUUGACCAAAGAAUUUGAAGCUGUUGCUGAUCAUGGUGUUGGAGCGUACUUGACCUUAACUAUGAGUACGAAUUUAAAGUUCAUCAAAGUUCAUGGUAUAUAUGAGAGACUUGAAAUGUUAAGAGUUUUCUUUUGGAGUUAAUGAUCGACCUUCAUUGAUUUGCUUUGGCCUAUAACUGUUCAACUAUUUAUUAGGAGGAACUAAUAUGAAUUUGAGAAUUAAUAUCGUGUUUGUGUUCGUUAACUCUUUCCUGGUGAUCUUUGCAUAUAGCAACUACAUCUUUCUGUAGAAGCAGUGCUAGUGAAAUUCAAUAACAUCUGAAGGUUCUUUUGGCAGAUGCAUACUUGUUCAGUGUUCUUCCUUUGUGUUUAGAAUGUGGUGUAUGGCUGAGGCCUGAGGGUAUAUGUUUAUAGAGUUUCUCAAUCUCUCAUGCAAAUAUGGCAAAGGAUAUAAUUAUCAGUGCUUCUUUUGUUCCGGUGUCUGAAUUACUCUCUCAGACAGUUUUGGCCAUGUUUGAUACUGUAAACUCUGCCAAGGAAGUCCUCAUUCACAAAGAAAACUUCAAGGUAUUCGCUACAUACUUGGAGAGAACCUCUUCUGUAUUGAAAGAGUUGUCGAAGAAAAACAUUGAGCAUUCAGAAGGCCUAGUUAAUGCUCUGGUGAUUGUCAACCGAGAGGUGGAAGUUGCCAAGCAUCUAGCUCUUGAUUGCAGAAAGAAAAACAAGAUUUGUCUCUUGAUUAAUUGCCGGAAGAUUGUUAAGGCGCUAGAGAGCAGUACAAAAGACAUUGGUAGAGCACUCAGUCUACUGUCACUGCCUUCUUUGGAUGUUUCAGUGGGUAUAAAUAACCAGAUUAACAAUCUAUGCAAGAACAUGUUGGAUGCUGAGUAUCGAACAGCUGUAGCUGAGGAAGAGAUUUUGGCAAAAAUUGAGUUGGGAAUACAAGAAGGAAAUGCUGAUAUGUCCCACAAAAAAGAUCUGCUUCUUCGUAUCGCUGAGACUCUUGGGAUCUCUAAUGAGCAUUCUGAACUGACAAAGGAAUUUGAGGAGUUCAAACGUGAAUUGGAUGAUACCAACUUGAGAAAAGGCUCUGAAGAAGAAUUGCAAAUGGAACAGAUUUGUCAAAUCAUAGCAUUGCUUGAAGGAACUAAUCUUGACACAGCUGCUGAGGAUGAGGUGACUGAGUAUUCAGAAGAGAGAGUUUCCUUGGGAAGGCAACCGUUGGAACCUCUUCGGCAAUUUUACUGCCCUCUCACUCAUGAAAUCAUGGUGGACCCUGUGGAAACUUCAUCACAGCAGACAUUUGAAAGAAGUGCAAUAGAGAAAUGGUUUGCAGAAGGCAAUAGGCAAUGUCCUUUGACUGAUAUUCCUUUGGAUACUUCAAUUUUACGGCCAAACAAAGCUCUAAAACGGUCCAUUGAAGAGUGGAGAGAUAGGAACACCAGGAUCAUCAUUGCCUCUAUCAAACCAACUCUUCAGUCUAGUGUAGAGCAAGAAGUGCUUCAAUCCUUAGAGAAGCUGCAGAAUCUAUGCUUGGAAAGCGAUAUUUACCAAGAAUGGGUGGUAAUGGAGGACUACAUUCCAGUUCUUAUUGGACUUCUUGGUACAAAAAAUAGAGCAAUAAGAAAGAAUGAUCUUGCCAUCCUAUCAAUCCUUGCAAAAGAUAGCGAAGACAAUAAGGGAAGAAUUACAGUAGUAAAUAAUGCACUUGAAGCCAUUGUCCGCUCACUUGCACGACAAAGUGAGGAAAGCAAGGUGGCAUUGCAGCUGUUAUUGGAACUAUCAAGAAGUAGCGUUGCACAAGAUUUAAUGGGAAAUGUUCAAGGCUGCAUACUUCUAGUAGGAACAAUGUUAAACAAUGAAGAUGAUCAAGUCACUAGAAAUGCAGUAGAGCUUUUAGAGAAUCUUUCUUGCAUUGAUCAGAAUGUUAUACAGAUGGCAAGAGCAAAUUAUUUCAAACCUUUGUUGAAGCUUCUUUCUUCAGGAUCAGAAGAUGUUAAAAUGGUUAUGGCAGGAACAUUGUCAGAAAUUGAGUUGACUGAUCACAACAAACUGUCUAUAGUUAAAGAUGGGGCACUAAGGCCACUUCUUGAACUGCUCUCAAAUGGUGAUUUAGAGAGGAGGAAAAUAGGUGUCAAAGCUCUUCUUCACCUCUCUAGCUUACCACAAAACGGCCUAGAGAUGAUUAGAAAGGGUGCAGUUGGACCGCUGCUUGAGCUUCUCUAUUCUCACAGCUUAUCAUCACCGGCCUUGCGCGAGCAGGUGGCCGAAACAAUCAUGUACCUUGCUAUGUCGACUACCUCCCAAGAAGCUAGAGAGGAUCGGGUUUCCUUGUUAGACUCUGAAGAAGAUAUUUUUAAACUCUUUUCACUAAUAUCUUUAACAGGACCUGACAUGCAAAGAAGCAUCCUUAAAACUUUCCAUGCAAUGUGCCAAUCUUCUUCUGGUUUAGACAUCAGAAUAAAGUUGAGGCAGAUCUCUGCUGUCCAAGUAUUGGUUCAAUUGUGCGAGGUGGAUAAUUCUACUGUCCGAGCAAAUGCAGUUAAAUUGUUCUCACGCUUAACAGAAGAUGGUGAUGACAGCAAAUUUUUGGAGCAUAUAAGUCAGAGAUGCAUAGACUCCUUGCUAAGGAUUAUAAAAAGUUCUAGUGAUGAUGUGGAAGAGAUGGCUGCAGCAAUGGGUAUUAUUGCUAAUCUUCCAAAGGAUCACCCCCAGAUCACUGGUUGGCUUCUAGAUGCUGAGGCACUUCAAAUCAUCUGGACUUGCCUUAGUGAUGGGAAUAGAGAUGCCUCAUAUAGAAGACAAUUAGUAGAGAGUGCUGUUGGAGCUCUUGGUCAUUUCACAGUAGCAUCAAACCAGGAAUGGCAGAGAAAAGUAGCAGAAGCCGGCAUUAUCCCAGUGCUGGUGCAGCUACUGGCUUCUGGAACUGCUUUGACAAGACAAAAGGCAGCUAUUUCACUCAAACAACUAUCUGAGAGUUCCGGAAGAUUAAGCAAGCCAAUAAAGCAUGGUAUUUUCCUGUGCUGCUUCUCUGCACCUGAACCUGGCUGCCCUGCACAUUUGGGCAUUUGCACAGUUGAAUCUUCAUUCUGCAUAGUAAAGGCAAAAGCUCUUGAUCCACUUGUGAGAAUGCUUGGGGAGGCAGAUGUAGGAGCAUGUGAAGCUUCUCUGGAUGCACUUCUAACACUGAUAGAUGGCGAAAGACUAGAACAAGGCGGCAAGGUGCUAGACGAAGCAAAAGCCGUCAGUCUGAUUAUUAAGCUAUUGAGUUCGGAGUCUGCCAGGUUACAAAGAAAGUCUCUCAUGGCUUUGGAAAGGAUUUUUCAAGUAAAUGAGUUAACUCUGAAAUAUGGAACUUUAGCUCAUAUGGCAUUAGUGGACAUUGCUCAGAAGAAAAAUAGUGACAUGAAAUCUUUGGCUGCCAAGGUACUCGGUCAAUUAGGUGUGCUCGAAAAACAGUCUUCUUACUUUUGAGUGAUUUUGCUAUACAACAUCUCUCUAUACACUUCUCUAUUCACUUUUUCCUUACUCAGCUAUUUAUUUGUUCAAAUUUUUCUCAUUUAAUAUCACGUUUUUGGUUCUAAGUUCACUUUUUCUUGCGCUGCAAUGAACGACAACCUGGACUCUGUAGAACAUGCUGAUAUCAUAGAAAUGCAAGGGAGAAUAUGAUUUCCAUAUAAUCAACACAUCUCUACAGGACAUGUUCUUAAGUUUCUACAUCAUCAGAUAUGAAAUCUAAAUAAAAGAUGCAUACAGAAGAACUAAAGUAAUGAUGGCUUCUUCUGAAAAACAAAGGCAGUUUCGGCACCGAGACCACCAGAAAUAACAGUUAUACUUCUUCCACCAAUCUUGCGGGUAACCCGAAA